UGAAACGUUGGGGUUUUCGCCGCAGAGAUGGGCUGACAGGCAUAUGCGGGUCGCGUUACCUCUAUCAGAUGCAGCGUUGCCGUGAAUCCAGCUGUCUACCACCAAGAAGAAAUCUGUUUAGACUGAGGAAUCCCUUUACGUAAAGAAUUAGGAUGAAAGAACCUUUGGAUGGUGAAUGUGGCAAAGCACUGGCACCACAGCAAGCCCUUCUGGACAAAAUGAAAGAAGAACCUGACAAUGCUCAAGAAUAUAUACAUGCUUCAAAGCCAAAAGCUCAGGAAAGCGAACUGAAAAUUAGUGCUGUGUUUUCAGUCAGUGACAGUCCUCUUGCCCAACAGUUGACCCCAGGCUUUCAGCUUUCUCUUGCAUCAUCUGGCCCAAAUGUAUCGCUUCCUCCAGUUCCAGCUGUAGCUCUUCAGGUUUUUUGCUCUGGUUGUAAAAAGAUGCUUUAUAAGGGUCAAACUGCAUUUCAUAAGACAGGAUCUACUCAGCUCUUUUGCUCCACAAGGUGCAUCAUUGGACAUUCUUCAUCUGUCUGCCUACUACCUCCUCCCAAGAAAACCUGUGCAAACUGCUCAAAAGACAUUUUAAAUCCAAAGGAUGUGAUCACAACCCCAUUUGAAAAUUCCUCUCCCAGCAAAGAUUUCUGCAGCCAAUCAUGCCUUUCUUCUUAUGAGCUAAAGAAAAAACCUGUUGUUACCAUAUAUACCAGUAGCAUUUCAACUAAGUGCAGUAUGUGUCAGAAGAAUGCUGAUAUUCGAUUUGAAGUUAAAUAUCAAAAUGUGGUACAUGGUCUUUGUAGCGAUGCCUGUUUUUCAAAAUUUCAUUCUGCCAACAACCUCAGCAUGAACUGUUGCGAGAACUGUGGGAGCUACUGCUACAGUAGCUCUGGCCCCUGCCAGUCCCAGAAGGUGUUUAGUUCCACAAGUAUCACGGCAUAUAAGCAGAACUCAGCCCAAACUCCUCCGUAUGCCUUGGGGAAAUCAUUGAGGCCCUCAGCUGAGAUGAUUGAGACUACGAAUGACUCAGGGAAAACAGAGCUUUUCUGCUCUAUUAAUUGCUUAUCUGCUUACAGAGUUAAGACAGUUACUUCUUCAGGUGUCCAGGUUUUGUGCCAUAGCUGUAAAACUAAAGCAGUCCCUCAGUAUCACCUGGCCAUGUCCAAUGGAACGAUACAUAGCUUCUGCAACUCCAGUUGCGUGGUGGCUUUCCAGAAUGUAUUUAACAAGCCAAAAGGAGCAAACUCUUCGGCAGUGCCCAUAUCUCAGACCCAAGUGAUCGUAAGCCCACCCUCUGGGUCAGCAGUGUCAGCCGGAAGAGGUCACACCUCUGCCUUUACCCCCCGCUCCGUCAGUGGCUCUGUUGCAGCCAGUCUCCAGCCUCCUGCUCAGUUCCAGCAAGUUGCUUUAACCCACAGGAUUGUCAGACUCAGGUGUCAGCACUGUAACUAUCUGUUUGCGACAAAACCAGAACUUCUUUUCUACAAGGGGAAGAUGUUUCUGUUCUGUGGCAAGCUUUGCUCUGAUGAAUACAAAAAGAAAAACAGAGUUAUGGCAAUGUGUGACUACUGUAAACUACAAAAAAUUAUAAAGGAGACUGUACGAUUCUCAGGGGUUGAUAAGCCAUUCUGUAGUGAAGUUUGCAGAUUCCUCUCUGCCCGUGACUUUGGAGAACGAUGGGGAAACUACUGUAAGAUGUGCAGUUAUUGUUCACAGACAUCCCCUAAUUUGGUAGAAAAUCGACUGGAGGGCAAGUUGGAAGAGUUCUGUUGUGAAGACUGCAUGACCAAAUUUACGGUUCUGUUUUAUCAGAUGGCCAAAUGUGAUGGUUGUAAACGACAGGGAAAGCUAAGUGAGUCCAUAAAAUGGCGAGGAAACAUCAAACAUUUCUGUAACCUAUUUUGUGUUUUGGAGUUUUGUCAUCGUCAGCAAAUUACGAAUGACCCUUUUUCACAAAAUAAAGCAAAUAUUUCUAAGGCACACAUUGCUCCAGCGGUGCUCCCUGCUGCAAGGACAAAUACAACACCAGUUAUAACCAAUGUGGUGUCAUUGGCAAAAAUAUCUCCUGCCCAGCCCACAGGGAGUGGUGUUUUAAAAGGUGCAGUUGUUACUGAAGAGGCAACAAAGAUCAUUGAAAAUGGAAGUGUGCAGACAGAUGCCAUGAAACUUCUGUCUUCCCAGUCUUCAAAAGUUUUAAAGAACAAAGCGUUAUUGUGCAAACCUGUCACACAGACCAAGGCUACCUCUUGCAAACCACAUACACAACACAAGGAAUGUCAGACAGGAUUGAUGAACUGUCUGCAGACAUUGAAGAUCAGCUGAUUCAAAAAGUCAGAGAGUCCAAGUGGUUUGCCCUCCAGAUAGAUGAAUCAUCAGAAAUCUCAAAUACCACCCUUCUUUUGUGCUAUAUUCGUUUCAUUGAUUAUGGUUGUAAUGAUAUAAA